AUGGCUGCUGACGAUGAAUUGGAGCGGAAUAAGCGCGCGAAGGGUCGUGCAUUGGCUAAACGAGACUCGUACGUCGUUCGCAUUAAGGCUAUCCACACGACCGCUCUAUCGGCCAGUGAUGAUGCGACCAAGGCGCCGCGGUUGCUCGCGGCAUCCGCCAAGCUGGAUAAUUUGUUGACUGGGUUCGAGAUUGAGGACAAUGCUGUGUUCGAAGCUUAUUGUGCUCUCGAUAUGUUGGGCGAGUAUACGACGGACCUUCUUGUUGAAGUAAACGAGUGGGUUUAUGAUAUCCAGUCUAUUGCUGCACGCUAUCGUGUUCAACCCGUCGCUGGGGGUGACCCUCACGUGGCACAACCCCGCGUUUUCCGUCGACUACCUGAAAUUCCGUUACCGCAAUUCGACGGCGAUAUCCAUAAGUGGCCCGCAUUCCACGAUCAGUUCCUCGCGGUAGUGUCUCAAUCUCCGGACAUACCCGACAUCGAACGGUUUUAUCACUUGCGUAGCUGUAUUCAGGGAAGUGCCGCCGACGUCAUCCGUGGUAUAUUGGUUUCGGGAGCCACCUUCGCCGUAGCCUGGGCCACAUUGGUAUCGCGUUACGACAAGCCGCGUUUAGUCGCGGGAUCUUUCGUCGACCAAUUAUUACAAGUACCUGUGGCGUCCGUGGACAGUUUGUCGGACUUGAAUAAAUUUAUGUCGGUGUUCGGUGAAGGUAUUUCAGUCCUUACCGCAUUACAGGUCCCGGACUUAGGCGAUUUCAUUUUAUUUUCACUGGCGUCACGGUGCCUUUCGUCGUCGUGUCGCACGUUGUUUGAGUCGGAAACGACAGGUGACUUUCCCACGGUAGAUGAUUUGUUCACCUUUAUCAAAAACCGUAUUGCUAUACUCGAGCGUGUACAGGGCGCUGCCGGUAAACAGGCCGUGCUCGCGCCCCGUCCUAAGGACCGACCGUCUGCGCCGUCGAAAUGGUCACGUAAAAUGGAUCGACCAUCACCGACGUCAUUAGUCUCAGCUGUGCAAGUACCGGCGCCGUCGCCGCACACAGUGUCGUGUCAAUAUUGCAACAAGUCACACGCGCUCGAUGUGUGCCGUAAAUUUAGUUCACUACCCGCGGAUGAACGCACGAAAUGGGCGCGUGCUCAAAGCAUUUGUUUCUCGUGUCUCAGUCCUGGUCAUUGGUCACCUAGUUGUAAGGCGCCCGCCAAAUGUGCAAUUUGUUCACGCCGUCAUCAUAGUUUGUUGCAUCCGACUUUUACGGACGUUGUGCCGUCAUCGGAGGCGGAGUCAGCUGUGUAG